UUUUCACAGGUCAACAGAAAACUGCUGGCUGCUUUUGGAUUCUUGAUUUUGAAAUGAAGAUUACAGAUGGUAACGUGAUUCGAUUUCACCUCCAAGCUCUAUAUGGGAUUUCUGUAAAGAACUUUGCGAAGAAGAAAGGGAAAUUGGUGUACACUGGAGCUAAGGUGUUUGGGGUCCCUCUGGAAAAUUUGCCCAGACGAUACAUUCCUGAAUUUGGUCUUGUACCCUGCUUUUUAGUGGAUGGUUGCUCUUUUCUGUUGGACCGUGUUGGUACUGUGGGCCUGUUCAGAAAACCAGGCUCCCUUCCUCGCGUUAAGAUCCUCAGGGAGAAAUUGAAUCGUGGGGACGAUGCCCUGUCCACUACUUCCCCCUAUGAUAUCGCUACCCUCGUCAAACAGUUUUGCAGGGAGCUUCCUGAGCUGCUGUUCCCUUCUGAGAUUCAUGCAGCCCUGCUGGAAGCACAGGCCCUGCCCGACCUGCAGGGCAAGAUGGCCGCCCUUCAGUUACUCUCCUGUUUGAUACCAGCCAGAAACUCAUCCUGCCUGCAGUAUCUGUUUGACUUCCUUCACAAAGUUUCUCAGAGAUGCUCUGACAACUUGAUGACCAGCUCCAAUCUGGCCACAGUCUUUGUCCCAUGCCUCUUACCGCCGCCAAACAAAACCGAAAUGUCAGAAGAACGACUUGAACUUCGAGUUCUUGUCCUGCGCACUUUCAUAGAGUUUCCUCAUGUUUUUGGUGUGAUUUCUAAAACUGUUGUGGACAGCAUGAAAUAUUUUAUGAACUUUGUUCAUCUGGAGGAUGUGUUCAAGAAAAGAAACCGCUUAAAGGUAAAACGAUCUGAGAAGACCGUGCUCUGGAUUCAGAGCAAGCCAAAGGUCAGGCCUGCAGUUUCUGAUCCGACUCUUGUCUGCAUAACGAGAGGCGACCCAAAGCUGAGGAGAAGCGUUGGUCUUGAAACCUUCCCCAACAUCCAGCUGUUCAGGACCUGCAUGCCUAAUGAAGUCGUCAGGAAUUCGCUUUUGCGCGAGUUACUAACAGAUGUGGGAUUAAUGUAUUUUAUUUUGAAAGAAAAACGGAACUAUUUUUUCAUGGUGACUUACUUGAUGGAGGAGAAGGCAGGUUCCUCCGUCUACGCAUUCAAGAUGACAGAAAUUGGAUCCUCGGCGCGGCUCUUUCUGCUCGGACUGCUGGUGUGCCUGCAGCUCGGCAAAGCUCCAGCUCGCACUCCCCGCACGGCGGUGGACCAGGUGUCCGAGGCCGACAUCCAGCGGCUGCUGCACGGCGUCAUGGAGCAGCUGGGCAUCGCUCGGCCCCGGGUGGAGUACCCUGCGCAUCAGGCCACGAACAUCGUCGGGCCUCAGAGCAUACAAGGUGGUGCUCAUGAAGGCCUGCAGCACCUCGGUCCUUACGGAAACAUCCCAAACAUCGUGGCUGAGCUGACAGGCGACAAUGUUCCCAAAGACUUUAGCGAUGACCACAGCUACCCAGACCCUCCAAACCCCUGUCCCCUGGGAAAAACGGCUGGAGACGGUUGCUUGGAAAAUGCUCCGGACACGGCUGAGUUCAGCAGGGAGUUUCAGAAACACCAGCACCUCUUCGACCCAGAGCAUGACUACCCUGCUCUGGGAAAGUGGAACAAAGAACUUUUAUACCAAAAGCUGAAGGGAGGACCAAAGAGAAGGAAAAGGAGCAUCAACCCUUAUUUACAGGGUCAAAGGUUGGACAAUGUGGUCGCCAAGAAAUCUGUUCCCCAUUUCUCAGAAGAAGAAGAAGCAUCGACCACCACGGCUCCCAGCAAACCUGCAAUCUGAAAUUUGGGAAAACUUGGAAAAUGUUUUCCUCUCAGAAAAAUGUUUGUAGGCUGCACAUUCCAGGAUUUGUUUCAAUAGUCACUGGGACAGUGUUUUCAGCAGAAACGCUGCAUUUUCAUUGACUUAAACGUAAAAAUGUGCCAAGAUUUAUCUGGUGAUUUGCCUAAAGCACAGGUGUCAAACUCAAGGCCCGGGGGCUAAAUCUGGCCCGCCGUAGCUUUUUAUGUGGCCCUGUAGACUCCAAAUUACAUCAAUUAGUCCCUCCAGUUUUUCACAAAUCUGCAAAAUUCAUACAAAAUCUACAGAUUCUCACAUUUUUUUCAGAUUUUUACUGCAAAGUUUUCUCAAAAUUGCCCAAAAACAUUGAGUUUAAGUGACUGGUACCUCAGCUUUACCUGAUGAGCUAUAGUCCAGGACCGAUACGGCAAUUAAUAAAAAUCCACAUUCAGCAUCAUAAAUAUCAUUAAAACUUUUUACAAAUAUUUCUGAAUUGGCACCACAAAAACGAUCUCAAAAUCCUGGAUGAUCUGAUCAGUGUGAAAAGAUGUUAAAUAUUUAAUUUUAAGAAACAAACUGCUAUUUAUUGAAAUUUUAACAGUGUAGUGGGUCUUUAUUAAUACAUUCUGGCCCUUUAAUAACAUUCAGACUUUUGAUUUGACUCAAAAUGAAAAUGAGGGUGACGCCCCUGACUUAAAGUAUCUAAAUGUUUAUAUCUGAAGCUCAAAAAUAAACAAGUGGGCAUAAAAACAGAAUAUUUUGGAAAGACAAUGCUAAAGUCAUGUUCAACUUUGCUUUAGAAAUUUGGUAACAGGAAGUGGAGUCCGUGUUAAAACUGUUUUGGUAAAUAUUUAAAACUAAAUUUAGAAGGAAAAAAAUUGAUUCAAGUAUCCUUCAGCUGAUUAAGGUUGAUGCCAUUAAAGCUGUCACUGAUCUAAGAUCCCAUAAUUACAGAUUCAAUCCAGAAUGUAUAAAGUUUUAUUAAAGAUCUGGAGGUUAAAUUAUAGCUUAUUUAUUCACAGCAGUACAGAGAACAGCAUUACAAAGUUUGUUAAAAUUUUAUGAUUCAUGUGUCUCUUCAACAUCCUUAAAUCUCCUUUUAUUUAAAAUCUGCUUAUGAACAUCUUCACUCCACCAUGACAAGUAUUUUUGAGCUUUUUCUCUUCAGGCUGCAGCGACUCUUAUCUUUGUUUACCGGAUCUUGUCAAAAUGUUUGUCUUCUGUUUUUGUUCUGUAAAGUCAAAUAAACGACUUAUCUGCA